AUGUGCAAUGCAGGUCAUCCGAGCGUCACCGAUCACCGCAUUGUACGACGGACAGUGAUUGUUUAUACUCUAAUGGAAACGUUACACGAUUCAUCAGCCCUCGCUUAUUUCAUUCAGUUCAUGGAAACAAUUGGCCAAUUAAAUUUGGUAAAAUUUUGGUUGCACGUCGAAAGUUUCAAAGCAUCAGCCGCAACAGUGAGCAGGAACGAUGAAGCGUUAACAACAAGUUCAAUUCAAAUUUCAGUGACAAAAAGUGAUGCUGCAAACAUAUUCGCGAAGUAUAUUUGCAUUGAUGCGCCAUGUUCGAUAGGAAUCACCGAGAAGUUGAGAAACGAAGUUAUUGAUCGAAUCUGUACACAAGAUGGCGUGCUGGAUUCGCAUUGUCUUGACGCGGCACAACAAUUUGUACGUGAAGUCAUGGAAAACCGAUAUUUUGGUGAAUUUUUGUCGAGCGUCUAUUACAAAAAGCAUCAGUUGGAUGUAAUAAGCAGUGGUGCGCUUUCGUUGAAUGAUAUAUUGAAAAGUCAACAACUUUUGUGCUCAUUCAUUGAGUUUUUGGACGCAGAAGGUGAGCGUAAAUUGAUUGAAUUCAUCAUUGCUGCCGAAACGUUCGCUCAGCAUUUGCCGUCGACAAAAAACAACGAACAAGCCGUCGACGAUGCGAUGAUCAUUUAUGAUAGAUAUUUUUCGAUGCAAGCCACGGAGCCAUUGAAAUUCGGCGCAAAAAUUCGUAUUCAAAUUGAGGCUGAUAUUUGUACGGAGUUUGGUCGACCAUCGGCAAACUGUUUUGAGACUGCACGUCGUCUAGCAGUCUCCGUGCUAGAGCAGAGUUACUUGAAGCGAUACCAAGCAUCACCUGCAUUUAUGAAAUUUUUAUAUGCACUGAUGGCUCAAAUCGAGAACAGUGUCGAAUUGCCGAAUCCGAACAGAAAGAAGAAAACAUUCAAUGGUUCGGAUCAGUCCUCUGAAAUAAGUCUGCCAUCGGUUCUGUUCGAUAAACAGCCAUCACGUCCAAUAUCUAUGGCGAAUCAUCUCGGCCAGUCAUCAAGUGCGUCAACACUUCCGAUGGGUAGUACCGAGGAGGAUGAGACGUCGUCUCUAGCAGACAGUGUUAACUCAUAUGGUCCUGGAGGAACACCUAGAUCAAGGCAUUCCAGAAUGGGUGGGUCAUCGUUGGCGAUGGUUGAUGAUUUUGGUCGUUAUCGACCGAUGUAUGAUAACAGUUAUUCGAUGACUGGUGAAGAUGGAUCGGCAAGACGGAAGCUCAAAAAUACAUUCGAUCGUUAUAUACGACAAUCUAUGUCUAAGGUUAGUUUUGGAUUGAAAUUCAUUCAGCAUUUUCAGUCAUCGUUACGGAAAGGAAAUUGA